AUGUCGAGGUCUAACCUAACCGGUGUUGGAGCUGGUCCAAGCGUCUUUCUUGAGGUGCCGUUGAUGGAGCUGUUUCUGGCCAAUCAGAGCCUUUCAACCCACCCUCUCAGCGCGUCCUUGGCUGGCUGGGCGAUACUAGACAUUAAGAUACCCGUCCGUUUCCGCUGCGCUUUUUCUGUCGCUGCAGCUUUCUCGGACACCAGAAAUACACACAGCCGCCUGCCGAUUGGGCACGCAUCGCUUCCCUCGGCCCCUUUUGCGCGACACCCCACUUGA